AUGGCAUCCGCAGUCUCAAAGCGCCUUGAAGGCAAGACCAUUCUCAUCACCGGAGCAUCUUCCGGCAUCGGAAAGGCCACAGCCUUUGAGUUCGCCCGCACCAGCCCCAAGAACCUCAAAUUGGUCUUGACGGCGCGGCGAAUCGACAGUCUUCGUCAAAUCGCUGAAGACAUUGUCAAGGAAGUUGGCGAUGGCGUCAAAGUGCAUCCCGUCCAGCUCGAUGUCAGCAAGCCUGAGGAGGUGCGCUCUUUCGUGAGUAAGCUUCCUGCAGAGUUCAGUGAGAUCGAUGUCUUGGUGAAUAAUGCCGGUCUUGUCAAGGGCGUGGAUAAAGCUCCUGAGAUCAAGGAAGAAGACAUCAACGUCAUGUUCGCUACCAACGUCACAGGCUUGAUCAACAUGACACAAGCUAUCCUCCCCAUGAUGCUGAAGCGCAAUAAUGGCGAGGGAGCUGGUGACAUCAUCAACAUUGGCUCUAUCGCAGGUCGUGAGCCUUAUGUCGGCGGCAGCAUUUACUGUGCAACCAAGGCUGCUAUCCACUCGUUCACCGAGAGUCUACGCAAGGAACUCAUUUCAAAGCGCAUUCGUGUCAUCCGAAUAGACCCUGGUCAAGUCGAGACUGAGUUCUCAGUUGUGAGAUUCUACGGCGACAAGUCAAAGGCUGACGCUGUAUAUGCUGGCUGCGAGCCCUUGACACCGGAUGAUAUUGCUGAGGCGAUUGUCUUCGCCGCUGGCAGAAGAGAAAACGUGGUCAUUGCGGAUACCUUGAUAUUCCCUAACCACCAGGCUGCGGCUACCAUCAUGCACAGGAAGACUUAG